AGCUAAGCAUCCAAACACAACAAGGCAUAUACAUUAUUACAUAGUUAAGAGAAUGAUUAUGGAGAAGGAAGCCAUGGAUGCAGAGGCAAUGCAAUUGCUUCAAGCUCAAUCAGUGGUAUGGCAACAGCUGCUAGGCUUUGCAGACAUUAUGGCACUCAAAUGUGCUGUGGAGCUUCGCAUAGCUGACAUCAUUCACUCCCACGGUUGUCCAAUCACCUUAUCCCAGAUCGCCGCCGGCAUCAACGCUCCUUCCCCAGAUAUCACUUAUUUGGGGCGCAUCAUGAGAUUUCUGGGUCGUAAAAAGAUAUUCACUUUCACUCCAUCGAACGACGGCGGAGAGACCCUUUACGGCCCCACCCACGCCUCCAAGUUCCUACUUUGUGAUUCUGAGUUGAGCAUGGCGCCAAUCAUACUGCUGCAAAGCGACCCCAGCGCAAUGGCCCCGUGGCAUUACUUCAGCCGGUGCGUGCGAGAAGGCGGGAUGGCAUUCGAAAAGGCCCACGGGCAAGAGAUAUGGGACUUUGGCUCUGCCAACCCGGCUUUCAACAAGAUCUUCAAUGCUGCAAUGGGAUGUUCGGCCAAGUUCAUCACCACCGCAGUUAUCGCUGCGUACAAAGAUGGGUUCCUUUCCAUUGGGUCGCUGGUGGAUGUGGGAGGUGGGAUUGGAACCUCCAUAGCCGAGAUCACCAAGGCCUAUCCACAUAUCAAAGCAACCAACUUUGAUUUGCCACACGUCAUCGCCACAGCGCCCGAGUAUCCUGGAGUCUCCCAUGUUGGAGGCGACAUGUUCAAGUCUGUUCCCAAGGCAGAUGUAGUCUUCAUGAAGGAGAUAUUGCACGAUUGGAGUGAUGAACAUUGCGUGAAGAUCUUGAAGAACUGUCGGAAGGCGAUCCCAGAGAAAACAGGGAAGGUGAUUCUAGUGGAAGCGGUUCUGAAGCCAGAGAGUGAAGGUUUGUUUGACAACCCGGCGUUUGCGUCUGAUCUCAUAAUGCUUGCUCACACCACCGGCGGAAAGGAGAGGACAGAGGCUGAAUGGAAGCAAGUGUUGGAGAAAGCAGGGUUUAUGCGCUAUAACAUCAUCCAAAUCCCAGCUUUGCGCUCCAUCAUUGAGGCCUAUCCAAACUGAAUCCACACUCUCUUUGUCCACCCAACUUUCGAGGUGCUUAGCUUAGCAAGGAAUAAACAUGAACAUGGGAAUGUUCUUGCAGAGUUUAAUAAAGGGUUUC